AUGACGUCGGACGCCGCGACUGUGGAGACCAUCGAGAAGCUCAUCUUGGCGCUCGAUGCCGUCAACGAGGCGGCAGACAGCAGCAGCAGCAGCAGCAGCACCGACUCGAAGCAGAAAGCCGAAGCUAAACUCAAGGCUUGCCGGUGACCAAUGGGAGGACAGAUCUCUGUCAACCAGCGCAUCGGACGGAUGGCCCGGGCCUCCAUUUAUGUGUGCAGUGGUCAGGUGAAGGAGGAGAUCCGGCAGAUAGAGUCCACCCUGCCCAUGCUCAAGGCCAAACACGAGGGGCUGCACAAACACCUCCAGAGUACGAGGGAUGGAUGGGGCGGUGCCACUUAUCGACCAUGGAUGGAUGACGUGCUGGUGAUUUGAAUGUGUGUGUGGGCAGAUGACGUGUUUGGGGAGUGUUCGCUGGAGGAGAUCAUCUCUCUGUUUGCGCAGAUCAGACAGGCCAUCGCGGGCAGCGCGUCGGGGGAGAGGGAGGGAAACACAGGACAGUAGCACAGAGUAGAGUAGGGGGGUUUUGUAAUGGGUGAGUGGACAUGUUGCAAGACGCGUCGUCUUCGACACAUACAUUCAUGUGCCCCUUUGAGAGCCACACAAGCACGAUCUCUGUGUGAGUGCUACACCACACAUAGACAGCCAGACAUUCCGUCAACUCAUCCAUUCAUCAUUGCUCCAUGACCCCGCCAAAAUUGCUC